AUGAACGAGACAGCAUACGGCGGUCUCGGAGUUACUCCACUAUGGCUCCUCCGUCCGCUCCCCCUCGCGCGCAUCAACCCUGCCGCCGCCGACCGACCGACGACCCACCGCGGCAAGGCCGAUAGCCUGCGAUCCUGUUGCCUCUCGGUCAUCUCGCGCAGCUUUGAGACCUAUGACCCCACCACACUGGCUGCUCUGCCCCCCAUCCUUGCUGGUGUCGUCAUGGCUCGCGUCCGUGCCGACAGGCGAUAUCCGGCUGGUGGAGGACAGGCGGACCCGGUAUCGCGCGCAAGACCAGACGAGGCGACGAUGUGGGCAUACUCUGUGCUAGCGGACCCCGAGGGCGGAGUAGAGAAGACCCCAAGUCACACGCUCGCCCUACCUACCCACAUGACAUGCGCUCAGCUUCCCCAAAACAAGGUGGCCCGUUACGAACACCCCUUCACCGCCUUGCCGCGCCUCUUCGAGUCCCUCAACCUCGACACAUUCUCCCUCCUCACAACACUAUCACUAAGCGGCAUCAAUGCUUCCGUGGACGACAAUUCCCUGCAAAACCUUCGCUGGUGCACGCACCUCACGGUGCUGCGGAUGAAGGGGUGCAGCCGAGUAACGGACGACGGCAUCCGCAUGCUCUCUGCUGCCCUUGUGCUCCCCACAGAAUUUGAAGAGGGGCGGGGAAUGUGCCGUCUUCGAGCGUGGUAUCUUCACAGCUGCAUGGGGGUGGGAGAUAGGAGUAUGCGCAGCUUUGCACGAUGGCCGGGUCUGAGCGUCCUCGAUGUGCGCGAUACCUCAUGUACCGAAGCGGCGUUGGGUAUUCUCAACCGUACCGGUACCUCGCUCUUUGGUGGCCUCCAGCCGCCGUUCCAGUCAUGUACCGAAGGCUUGAAGGGCCUGUUCACGCCAAGCGACGAGUCUGAAGAUGUUCUCAACAAGCUCUGUCUCACGCUCCUCAAGCCAGACCUCCCCACAGGCGCUGGAAGACGAUACCUCGCACUGCACCUCGUACACGCUGACGAACCUCCGCGCGACGAGUGGCUUCACGCACCGUUGGUUAGUCAACGUGCGAGCCGCAUGCUAGGAGGGAAAGAAGCGAGUCGAUUCGUCUCCGGCGGCGUGGGACAGCUGUACGGUUCGGGAGUAGAGAGAAUUGUCGACGAGGAGCAUGCCAAGCGGAAGAAGCUCGCUCUCGCUCUCGAGUUUGAAGCGGAGGAAGCCCACGCUCUCAAGUGUAUGUCGGCCGGUGUUGCCCCACCCGAGAGGCGUAUGGACCGCGAGUGGCGCGAGAGACGCGAGAUGUGGGCGCAGGAAGCAGCCGACAAAAAGAGUGGCGCCUACCAGUGGUCGUCGGAAUAUUCGCACCCACACAUUGUCGGCAAGGCGUUCAAGGACCCGGGAGGCGAUGCCAACGAGCGCAGCCGCGCGUUCUUCUCCACCAACGCCAGGCGUCUUGCUAGGGAAGACGAGGACGGCGACGAUUUGGUCGGGGGCAGCGUGCACCUUAUGAUGGUCCGCAUGGCCCACCCGGAAUGGACACGGUUGGCGUGGGCUGUCGGUGGGGUGAGCAACAAGCCAGACGACGUGAUUCGAGUCCGCAAGCGUAACACUGCAGACGUGGCAGAUAUCUUGUCGUUUACGCAAGACGUCAAGCGCGCUGUGGGCUCCUCCUCGCAGCCACAGAUGGUCGCCAACGCAUUCUCGCCGUGGUCGUCUCCAUCGCCAACAAGGCUAGCGUCGUCACCGGAGCGUAAGCCCAGCCGCGCCGAGCCGACGGGAACGGUGUCGCAAAAGGCCAAACCUUCACCGUUUGUCCGUGGUGAAGUCGCCGGUCCCUCGUCACAGAGCACUAAGCCUACUCCAUUCUGCCGCGCCUCGUCGUCUGCCUCGCAACGCCCGACAGGCCGUCAAGCAGGUCAUAAUCCCUUCCGCGCCGCUGCUCCGACCACCUCGCGCUCAGGUGUGCGAGCGCUGGAUGUCAAGACAGAGGUCGACGUCGACGUCAAGCCCGGUAUCAAGAAGGAGACCAAGAGCGAUCCGCUUGCGCGGGUUAAACCCGGCUCAAACGCGAGACCGAUAGCGACCAAGAAGGAUCCGUUAGCGUUUGUAAAGCCAAGUCCUGGGGGUUCGAAAAAGGAAAACAAGGGCGACCCGUUGGCGUUCGUAGGCUCGAGCGCGGGUGCCAAGCGGAAGUGGGAUGCGAGGGGCGAGCAAAGUGAUGAUGCCCAGCCCAAGCCAAAGGGUCUGAAGAUGUUCUUUAAACCGUUGUAG